AUGGCACGAGUUUCAAAGAAAAAAGAAAUCGAAUGUGGAGACAAUAACGUUUCGACAGGACUGAAAACACGCAAAACACAAAAGCGUCUAAGCAGACAGGUUAACGAAACUAGAGUAAGACGACUAUCUUCGUCAUGUGGACAUCAAAAUUCCUUGAAUCAGACAAUAAUAUCUCGUUUCUUCCAUCCUUUGGAAGUUGAUACCAAGAAAAUGCAGAUAACUAGUUCGGUCGGAACAAGUCGCAUGGGUAAUUCGGAUUUAUCUUCCAAAAGAAAAAUUGCUUUGCAAAAAUACAAACCAAAGAAAAGUAAGGCAAGACAGUUGGAAGAAAUUCAAAAAUAUAAUAAAAAAAUACCGAUGUUUUUUAAUUAUAUAAAUCCUGAAAAAGCAAAAGAGGUUGAAUCUAAAGAUAACCGCGAAAAAACUCCAACAAAAUCUAUUCGUUCCUCGAGAAAAAGCAACGAUGAAUUAUUGAGAAAUCAACGUCAAUUGACAGAGUUCUAUAGUCUCAUUGAACAGAUUAGUGAACUCAGCCUUUCGAAUAAAUCUGAAAUGUCGCAAAAUAAUGAUAAUAGCACGUUAAUUCGAGAAGUUGAUUCAAAUAGUGAGGAUGAUGAAAUAUUUGAGGGUGCCAAGGAAAUCAAAGAAGCGAAUCGCGAAAUUUCGGAAGCAUCUAAACAAAAAAAAAUUAUCAACAGAAAUAGUAAUUCUAUAAAUUUCGAUAAUAAUAUAGAUUGCGAUUCCUCUUUAGUUACUUCCCGUUUUAAUUUACAAGAUUUGCCACAUGAUACUUUGUCUUAUCAUCUUUCGAACUUCUCUAUCGAACCAAAUGAUUCUUUCAUUACCAUUUCUCCAAAAGUCGCGUCUAAUACAUCACAUUUUGAUUUGGAAGUUGGAAAUACGCCUACUAAAUCCCGAACGAUAUUUACAGAUGCAGAGAAUUUAUUGGACACUAUGCGGGACAGCAGUCCACAGCCUAAUGAUUCUUUGAACCUGAAUGAGGAAUCUUUACAUAGUAACGAGCAAGUUGAGGAAUUUCGAUAUAAUAACUCGUCUAUUAAAGAGCCUCAGGUUAAGAAUUCUUCCUUAAAUAUCUUAUCCUGUCACGUUGACGGAUCUCAUCGUAAUAAUGCGGCCAAUGAAAAUGAAUAUUUGAAUAAUCCACACCAUAAUGAAAUGAGUAUUAUUGAAGAAGGAAACAAAAAUGUAACAAACGAAAUUUCCAUUAAAGACAAUAUGAUUAUAGAAGGUGACCAAGAAAAGGAUAAACUUAACGAUUCUGUUGAUAAUAUUGGAGAUGAUGCAGAUAAUUGUGAAAUUUUUGGUGAGAACCUUCAUAUUAAAGUGUAUCUAAAGAAUAGAAUACAGGACAAUAACUCUUAUUGUUAUUCAUGGGAAGACGAAAUAAUUAACUUUCACAAAGAAGAGCUCAUUGAAAGAGAGGAUCAUGCGAUGCAAGAAGUUAAUACGAAUAAAAAAACACCAUCUAUGGCUCAAUUUGAAAAUGAGAAUCAAACAAAACAAAAAAUUUAUGCGAAUGCAGAAUUAUUAAAAGGAAAUAUUCUUCAAGAAAUUAACUUGAAUAAAGAUACCAAUUGUAUAAUUGAUGACGAGAAUCUAAUUGAUUUUCAUUGUUGUUCUCAAUCUGAGAAUAAGUGUGGGUUUCAUCAAAUUUACGAUUUAUUAGAUAAAGAGAACUACAAUCAAGACUCUAUAAGCACUUUUGAAUCAUUUAACGAUUCUAUUUCAAAGGAGCUUAAUGGUAUAUCUGAUCAAGAGCAAGUUAGUACGCGUCAAGACCGACUACCACCAACUGAUUAUAUUCAUUCUUCUACCAGAUUUUCGAAAGACGGGGUUUCGCCAGCACCAUCACCACCAUCUUUGCUCUCUCAAGCUACGCUCGCUAUGAUACCUCAAUCAGUUUGGAAUAAAUUCCCUUCGUUUAACGUUUCUACUUUGGAUUCUGAAGAAUUUAACGAUGAUCUUUAA